GGCUUAACCGUGGUGGUGUGUGGGUGUAUCUGCCUCGCGCUCUCUCCCUGGCCAGCCAAGUUGAGACUUCUUAUCUCUUCGAGAGUUAUCUCCUCUUCUCGCGUGCUCGUUCCGGCAAAAAAUAAUUAGUGGUGUUCUUCAGUGAAUAAAAAGGUCUGAAGUAAUAGAAAAGAAUAUUUAAAGCAAAAAAAAACAGAUCAGAACUCGUAUUGGAACGUCUCUAAAGAUGUGAAACUGAACUAAUAGCAUGAAAUUAUAAGAAUAAACUGAAAACGGAACACGCGGCCUUAGAUAUCGAUCUCUACUAGUUACCCAGGAAAUAAACCAAAGAAAAGGCAAUCAUUUAACAGAGAAAACGGGUAUAGAAAUGCCUAUCGGUGUAUGAGAACUCCUACUGAGCGAUUUCCAGUCGUUGAAAGACAGAUUAGGGAAGGACCUCUGAACAAUCAUGGAAAUGAAGGAGAGGCGAACUUGUGGUGGACUUGGAGAAGUGUAGUGAUAGUGACUUUGUUGAUUGCGGUGCUGACGCCAUUCCCAGUCGAAACGGGCAGGAGAAAACCUUUGAAAAGAGAACUCAGGAGUUAUGGAGGCAGGAGCGUGUCGUCCUCAGGGAACUUUUGUCCAUAUACCGUCUCAAAAAUGGUGUCCUGUAAAGUAGUGAAUGGGACAGAGUCCUACACAGGCAGGGUAGUAGUCGGGGCGAGGAUUCAGCUGAUGACGAUGCAGAGGCCUAGGUACGUGACUUCCUUCAAGGAGGUGCAGGAAACUGAGUAUGGAUGCUGUCCAGGAUUCCAUGGCAGUAACUGUGAUAUCUCUUGCUUCAACUGCACGCAAAUAUACAACCUGGAGUCCCGCGUGAGGACCCUGGAGGCCAAGUUACUCCGCACUCCUACGGCGUCCUUGCCGCCCCUGGACCCGCCCAUCAUCCAGAUGGGACUCCCAGACACCUCUCACGUGGCGGGCCACCCCCUCAACGGGCGGAGAGACAGAGGGAGAGGAGGAGGAGGAGGAGGAGGAGGAGGUCAGAGAGGCAGGAAUGGUGCCAGUCGAGGUCGAGGGAAAAAUGGCAGGAGGGGCACUGGUAGGACGUCCCCCACCAGCCGUGGGAGCGACAUAGACAUUGAGGAGGAGAGCGGAUACGAUGCUUAUGAUGUGGAUAACUCGGUCACCCUCCCGAGACCAACUCUCUCCACAGCUCCUUCGGAUCCUGGUCACUGCACCUGUCCCCCAGGACCCCCAGGCCCCCCUGGGGCACCUGGACCAGAGGGCCGAAGAGGAACAGACGGCAGAGAUGGUAUUCCAGGGGAACCGGGUGUACCUGGGCCACCUGGUGCCGUGACACAAACCACAGGUCUUGGUGACGGAUCUACCACCAGCAUCAUAUCCGGUCCACCAGGACCACCCGGCCCCCCAGGUCCCACUGGUCUCAGAGGCCUUCCAGGAGAUCCUGGAAGAGACGGGCAGAGAGGCCGUGCUGGAAGACCUGGGCCCCCAGGACCACUUGGUCAACCUGGUCUCCCAGGUCUUGGUGAGCCAGGUCCCAAGGGCGAGCCUGGUAUCGCAGGGUUACCUGGCGAACGAGGCGUUGCGGGUCCCCCUGGGGUACCUGGUAUAAUUGGCCCACCAGGAGCAAAGGGUGAACCUGGACUCAUUGGCUUGGCUGGACGACCAGGAGAGGGGGGUCCCAAGGGAGAAAUUGGGCCGGUUGGAGCCCCAGGACCCAAGGGUGAAACUGGCUUCUUAGGUCCCCCUGGACCAAGGGGCCCAGUUGGUCCGCCUGGGCCACAGGGAAGUCCUGGACCCGCCAUCCCCAUUCCUGGAAGUCUGGAUCAGUUUGGAGCUGGAGACUUUGAGGGCAGCGGGUAUGACCUUCUGAUAGAUGACGAUGAAUACCCACUGGGCGGCAUUCCUGGCAUCCCUCGAGGCAGACCUGGUCCCCCCGGGUCAAAAGGGCGAGAAAGCUACUUCCUUAUUUUUUCUCUAGGUGAUCGUGGUGAUACAGGACGAGCUGGAAUUCCAGGUCCCAAGGGAGAACAAGGUCUACAAAUUGGUACUGGAGCUCCAGGUGGAGAUUCCAGAUCUAUCCAAGAUCUGUUCCAGACUGUAGCAAUGCUUCGGGAAAACCUCAACCUUCUGGACGCUCGGGUGCGGAUCCUGGAAACGGAACUUCCUAAGAUUAUUGGACUGGCUGGUGAGGAUAGGCUGCUACCUGGAUACCCUGACUCCCCGUAUGACCGCAGCUCAGCAAGUUCAGUGGGUGCUGCAGCAGACGAGUUGUAUAAGCAAGUGGACCGACUCAAUGGCUUGGUAAAUUCAGCUCUACCCAAUUUAGAAGGAGAGUCGGCCCCUCCACGGCAAGGCGGUCCGCAUACUGCCUCUAGUAGUUUAUAUCCAGAAGAGGAGGGAUCAGCCUUACCAAUAGAUGGACUGGAUGCUGUUGACUAUCCAGCAGCACCCCUACAGCCCACGGAAUUCCCCACAGAGCAACCAACUCCUGAAGGAUCUGGUGGGGAGGCGACGAUCCCUUCACCACCUAGACGGAAAGGAACAGCAGCUUCUGGGGACGAGGAUGAAGAUUACUAUUAUGAGUAUGAAACUUAUGAGUACGAGAACGGGGAAGAGUAUCCAUAUGAAGAGUAUUAUGAGUAUGGGGAGGACAUCAGAAGGAAGAGACAACCAGCUGUUAGAGGCAGCAGUCUUAGUGGCAAUCAUACAGGUGAACAUAAUCCAGUCGUGGGCGCAAGGAGUAAAUUGAGAAGUGACAAAGCGAGAAAGUCCAGGGCUCGAGGGAAACUGCUCGACAGCAAGAGGAGGUAUAACAAUGCUGCGUCGCAUGGAACUAGAUCAAGUGACAGACCAUUUUUGCAGCCAAACGAGUCUUCAACCUGGAAUCCUUUCCCAAUCCCAAAAGCAUCGACGACCAUCUCUCCACGUCAGGCUUUGCAGAAGAGGGUUGAGAAGAUCAAAGCACUCAAGCAGAGGACACAGAAGCUGAGAGCUCAUCAUAAGAAGACUUCUGCAGAUAGAGAUGAACUCCAUCCCUUGAAGAAGUUAGCAAAUCUCACUCCUAGGGCAAAGAGAGACACAGGUCCAACUGCCUUAAAGUCUUCCGGUGAAGAUAUAACUUGGAUAUGAAUGCCAUUUUAAAUUCUGCGAAUCUUUUUCUAGUUAAAACGUAUGUUCAAUGACUUUUAUAUAAUGUUCUGGGUGAUUUUGGCUAAUGUGAUGAGAAAAAAACAACUAACUUCUCUUCCUCGCUCGUUGAUGCCGAGAUGUUCAGCAGAAGUGGUGCAGAUUUUGAAGCUUCUCGCUUUGUUUGUUAACCCCAUUCUAAUCGUUUCACCUUCAGUUACGCCCCCCCAAAUUUGUCUUCUCGUCUUUUCUGUCGGGAAAUGGAAUAUUCCUGUAGCUGAUUUAUUAAUCUCCAAAGGCAGUUACAGAUGUUGAUGUCAGUCAUAGCGUGAGUGCAAAUGGUGAUUCGGCCCAGCAUCAGUUAGAUGUCCACGUCCUUAGCAAUUUAUUGAAAUUUAUGUAGUACUACAGUGGUUAGUAAAAAAAGAAAUGUAUGUGUCCACUGGGAAUUUCUUGUUGAUAUAAUACUUGCUUCCAUUGUGUUACAUACAGAGCUGGAGGAUAAUUCUCGAUUUUCCCUUCCUUUCAAAGCACUGCACAUUUUCAACCACUUGCCAUACUUGCUCCGUGUGAUAUCUUCAUCAUUGUUCAUCACCAAGUUUUAAAAUACAUUAUUCAUUUACAUCGUAAGUGAAAAGGUGCUGGUAUGAUAUUUACAUAGUAAUGUUUCUUCAGAUCUCCUCCGUGUAGCAUCUGUGAAGAUUGAGCCUGCCUGCCUUGCAGAAGUUGUCUUUUGAAGCGAGAGACUUUUUUUUUAUAGAACAGGUUGUAUGUAGUAUACAAAAGAACACAUAUAUACUUUACAUUAUACAGUAGUUGUAAUUAAUACACAUUAUGGAGUAACAGAAUAUACAAAUCACUCUUAAAACGUCAAGGAACUGUUGCUGGUGUACUGGGAGUGCUAGAAUCUCUUACGCGUUACUUAUUCCUAGGUGCUGGCGGAAGAUCCUUGAAGCCGUGUUUUGUACUAGCCCCUUGGGCAUCAAAGUAUUAUAUACAUCCAUUUCUAUAUUGCCUGGUCAACAAAUUAUAUUAAUAAACGAUAAUAUUAUCUUCGUGCUGCCGUCUAUUUACAUUAACGAUACAGUGUUUAGUACUAGCACCUCGUAGUAAGUAGCACCAAUAAGUUUUAGCAAAUCUUAAACACUUGGCUCCUCCUUGAACUUCCAGAUAACUGUGGCAGGAGAUCACAGAAGACAAAAAUCCCUCUUACAUUUUAUAGUACUACAUUAGCAUCUAAUUCUGUAGGACUUUUGUCUCCUUAUGCAAAUUACUUCAUUCACAUUAGGCCUAAACUAUAUUGAUUUAACAUUCUUAGUUUCCAUUCGAAGCUACUAGAGCACAAAAUACUCUCUUUUUUUAUUCACUAGUAGAAUAUUUAUUAAUACUUCCCUGUGGUGACAUCAACAUUUAUCGUGUCCAAAAAAUAUAAUCGUUCUGUUUGUAUCAGAACGAUCACAGGAUGGUACUACGACAUGACCCUAAACGUUUAUACACAUCUUGUGACGAUAUGAUGGUACUACACCUUAUCCUGUCCUAUACAGCAUUCACACCAGCCCAUUCUAUUGUCAUUUCCCUCAAAUGCUGAGGUCAGAAUGCUGUACCAGAAUAUUGUUAGCGAAGCCACUGACCUAAAAAGGUGUAGUAUGUGCUUCAGUAUAACUCUAUACUACCGAGUGACAUGCAUUUAGAAAUACGAAAGUGCUCAAUUUGUGAUAAAAUGUUUGGGCUAAAGACUUAGUUAUUUUUUAGAUUUUGAAUGGCUUUUGUAACAUUAAAAUAAAUAUUUCCUUAA